AUGGGUGAAAAAGUUGCCUCUGGCGCCUCCGGGCCUGAAGUCAAUGAAUUGCUCUCUAAGCCAGCCCAUUCGCUUCCUUAUGACCUCGUCGUAGAGGAGCUAGGCAGCAAAAUCGAUGAAGGUCUCAGCAACGAUGAAGCAGCACGUCGCUUGCAGCAAUAUGGCCCCAACAAGUUGGAAGAUGGCGAGGGUAUUUCGAUACUCAAGAUUCUCGUUGCACAGGUCGCCAAUGCAAUGAUGCUAGUCCUCAUCCUGGCAAUGGCCGUCAGUUUCGGUAUUCAGUCAUGGAUUGAAGGCGGAUUUAUCUGCGCCGUGAUCGUUCUCAAUAUUGUCGUUGGUUUCUUCCAGGAAUAUGCUGCGGAGAAAACCAUGGAGUCGCUUCAUUCUUUGAGUUCCCCCACCGGUGUCGUGUCCCGAAAUGGUCAAACUUUUUCGGUGCCUUCUAUGGAUAUUGUCCCUGGUGACAUGGUGGAGCUGAAGACUGGAGAUACCGUUCCUGCAGACCUGAGACUGGUUGAAGCAGUAAACUUUGAAACGGACGAAGCCCUUCUCACCGGUGAAUCCCUCCCAGUCCAAAAGGAGGUUGACUCUAUCUUCAAAGAAGAUACUGGCCCUGGAGAUCGCCUAAACAUCGCAUACAGCUCAAGCACGGUCACUCGUGGCCGCGCUCGCGGAGUCGUCGUCAAAACCGGUAUGGGCACGGAAAUCGGCUCAAUUGCUGCAGCUCUCCGUGAAAGUGAUUCAAAACGUCGCAAGGUCAAACGCGGCCCAGAUGGCGAGACCAAGAAGCGCUGGUAUCUACAAGCAUGGACCCUCACCGGCACCGAUGCUGUUGGAAGAUUCCUAGGCGUGAAUGUCGGAACCUCUUUGCAGCGCAAGCUGUCUAAGCUGGCUAUCAUUCUCUUUGGUGUUGCGGUUCUUUUUGCUAUCGUCGUUAUGAGUGCCAAUCUUUGGAGCUCACAGAGCGAAGUCAUCCUUUAUGCUGUUGGAACUGGACUCAGUAUGAUUCCUGCCUGUCUGGUUGUCGUCUUGACAAUUACCAUGGCUGUUGGAAGCAAGCGUAUGGUCGAGAGGCAUGUUAUUGUUCGCAAACUCGAUUCCCUCGAGGCUCUGGGCUCUGUGACCAACAUUUGCUCCGACAAAACUGGCACUUUGACGCAGGGAAAGAUGGUCGUACGCAAGUCGUGGGUCCCUGCUCUCGGAACCUACUCUGUUGGAUCGUCCAACGAGCCAUUCAAUCCGACAUUAGGUGAUGUGACCUUUAGCUCAGCGGCUCCCGAAAGUUAUGACGCAGAAAAGGAUGGAGGUCCUCAUGAUUGCCAGGAGCUCCUGUGUUCUGAGCUCGAAGAUUUCCUUAAUGUCGCUUCGAUGGCGAACUUGGCACACGUUUAUCUGUCCGAAGAAAACGAAUGGCAUGCCCGCGGCGAACCCACCGAGAUUGCAAUUGAGGUCUUUGCUUCGCGCUUUGACUGGAACCGUGAUCGCUGGACUAAGGGCUCCAAGCCUACUUGGCACCAGAAAGCCGAGUUUCCGUUUGAUUCCACCGUCAAGAAGAUGUCUGUCCUUUAUAGCACUCUCGCAAAUGGCGAAGAGAAAACCAUGGUUUUCAGCAAAGGAGCAGUUGAACGUAUCUUGGACGCUUCUACCACCAUCGUUUGGGAGAAGGGCUUCGCUCCGGUUGCUUUGACGGAUGAUCAUCGUCAGACUAUUCUUCGCAACAUGGAUGAACUAGCUAGCCUGGGUCUCCGUGUUCUUGCCCUCGCUCAGAGACCAUUCGAUCCAGCCACUCGAGUCUUGGAAGACAUGGACUACGAACGUGACGAAGUGGAGAAGAACCUCCAGUUCCUGGGCUUAGUAGGAAUCUAUGACCCGCCUCGACCUGAAACUGCUGGUGCUGUUGCUGCCUGCUAUCGCGCUGGUAUAUCGGUACACAUGGUAACUGGAGAUCACCCGGCAACAGCCAAGGCCAUCGCCCAGCUGGUUGGUAUCAUUCCAGCCAACUUGAACGAAGUCUCUGCCGAAGUCGAGAAAGCCAUGGUUAUCACUGCAAGCGAAUUUGAUAAAAUGACUGAUGAAGAGGUCGAUGCAUUGCCUAUCCUACCUCGGGUCAUCGCGCGCUGUGCUCCCCAGACCAAGGUCCGUAUGAUUGAUGCACUUCAUAGACGAGGUGCCUCGGUUGCCAUGACCGGCGAUGGAGUGAACGAUUCUCCUUCUCUGAAACACUCCGACGUUGGCAUCGCUAUGGGAAAGGCAGGCUCGGAUGUGGCUAAGGAUGUCUCUGAUAUCAUCCUCACCGAUGAUAAUUUCGCUUCGAUCUUGAAUGCUGUCGAAGAAGGUCGACGAAUCUUUGAUAACAUUCAAAAGUUUGUACUUCACUUGUUGUCGGAGAACAUCGCUCAGGCUUGUACCCUUUUGAUCGGACUUGCCUUCAAAGAUUUGGAUGGUCAAUCAGUCUUCCCGUUGUCACCAGUUGAAAUUAUCUGGGUGAUCAUGAUCACUUCCGGUAUGCCUGACAUGGGACUUGGUAUGGAAGUUGCUGCUCCUGAUAUCAUGGAUCGGCCGCCUCACUCGAAGCAAGGUAUCUUCACAUGGGAGGUCGUGAUCGAUAUUCUCGCAUAUGGCCUGUGGACCUCAGCUCUGUGUCUUUCGUCCUUCUCCUUGGUGAUGUGGGGAUUCGGAGACGGCAACCUAGGACGCGGUUGCAAUCGCGAGUAUUCCAAAGAGUGUGAGCUGGUCUUCAAGGCACGCGCAACCACUUUUGUCUGCUUGACAUGGUUUGCCCUGUUCUUGGCCUGGGAAAUGGUGAAUAUGCGCCGGUCUUUCUUCCGCAUGCAGCCCAAAUCGAAGAAGUAUUUCACGCAGUGGGCGCAUGAUGUCUGGCGCAAUCAGUUCCUCUUCUGGUCUAUUCUCGCUGGCUUUAUUACUGUGGUUCCCAUCCUUUACAUCCCCGUUAUCAACGACGUGGUAUUCAAGCACACGGGAAUCACUUGGGAAUGGGCUAUCGUUAUUGUUGAGACGCUCCUGUUUUUCCUCGGCGUCGAAACCUGGAAAUGGGGAAAGCGUGUCUUUUUCCGUCGCAUGGGUCGGCAGCAGCAGAGAGACGCCUUCCAGCAACAGGCUGGCUCGCAAGCCUGA